UUCAGGGUUUAUGCUAUCUUCCUGUUCGAAAUGCUUGUCCGAUUGGGUUCCCGUUGUCUCUUCUUCCCCAAAACCAAAACCCUCUUCACUUCUCUCCAUUUCCUCCGCUUCUUGUGUUCUUCAGAACUCCAGCACCUCGAGCCAGUCGAUCCAAGGCCCUCACUGCCGCAACUGGAACCCUCAAACGACGCCGACUUGAUUUCCCAAGUGCUCCUCCAACACCACAACCCAUUUCACGCCAUGGAAUCCUCUAUUCAGCUCCACGGCAUUUCUCUCACCCCUUUCCUUGUCCAUCAAACCCUCCUCCGCCUAAAACACUCUUCCAAAAUUGCCCUCUCCUUCUUCCAGUAUUCCCAGUCCCAUCCCAGUUGCUCCCUCGACUCCACCACUUUUAAUCUCCUCAUCGACAUUCUAUGCAAAGUCCACCAGUUCGAUGUUGCGUGGCAGCUUAUUUUCCAAAUGGACCAGAAGUGCAUUAAACCCAACUUCACUACUUUCUAUUUGUUGAUCCGUAGGCUUGUUUCUGCUGGUUUGACCCGUCAAGCCAUUCGGGCAUUCAGUGAAAUGCAUAUAUUUAUGGAUGAAGAAAGUGAAGAGCAAGUGUGGAAGUCGUAUUUUUGUUAUCUUCUUGAUACCCUUUGUAAAUAUGGAUAUGUUAAAGUGGCUACUGAAGUGUUCAAUAAGGAGAAGUGGAGAUUGGAGCUCAAUCGUAAGAUUUAUACCAUUCUAAUAUAUGGUUGGUGUAAGGUGAAGAAUAUAGACAUGGCUAGGAGGUUUCUAGGGGAGAUGUUGGAGAAGGGAAUUGAUCCGAACGUGGUGAGUUACAAUGUGUUGUUGAAUGGGAUUUGCAGGAGAGCGAGUUUGCAUCCCGAGGAAAGGUUUGAGAAGGUAAUUAGGGAAGCAGAGAAGCUGUUUGAUGAAAUGACUGAACGAGGUGUGGAACCGGAUGUGACCAGCUAUUCUGUACUCCUUCAUGUCUAUAGCCGGGCUCAUAAGCCGGAGUUAUUACUUGAUAAAUUAAGGAUUAUGAGGCGCAAAGGGAUAUGCCCGAAUAUUGUGACAUAUAGCUCAGUCAUCAAGUGCCUCUGCUCUUGUGGUAGGAUUGAAGACGCUGAGCUUUUACUCGAGCUAAUGGUUUCUAAUGGGGUGACUCCCACAUCCGCAACUUACAAUUGCUUCUUUAAAGAGUACAAAGGGAGAAAGGAUGUCAAUGGUGCAUUGAGGUUAUACGAGAAGAUGAGGCAGGGUUCCCUCUAUCCACCUAACGUGAGUACGUAUAAUAUAUUGUUGGGGAUGUUAUUGAAAUUGGGUCGAAUAGGGCUGGCCAGAGAUAUUUGGGAAGAUAUGAAGGCUUCUGGAGCAGGGCCUGAUUUGGACUCAUAUACAUUGUUGGUUCAUGGAUUUUGCGAGAAACAAAAAUGGAAAACGGCCUGCGAAUUCUUUAUGGAAAUGAUAGAAAAAGGAUAUCUGCCACAUAAGGUAACCUUUGAGACACUUUAUAGAGGCUUAAUACAAUCCAAUAUGUUGAGAACGUGGAGAAGGUUAAAGAAAAGGCUUGAUGAGGAAUCAAUUACUUUUGGUUCAGAGUUUGAAAAUUAUCACCUAAAGCCUUAUAGAAGGUGAUCUGGUGAAGUCUUGAAAGGAGUACAAGGUUGACUAAAUCAUCUAGGUUUCGUCUUUGCUGGAAUUUGAACUUUGGUUUCCGUGGUUUUCAACCGCUAGGCCACACCGUCCAGACACAUUUUAAACUUAUGCUGUAUUUGGCAUGAGUUUGUUAAUUUAAUGUCCCCGGAAGUGGUUACUCCAUCUGGAUUGACUGUUUGGUGGUUGUUAAGCUGAAGGUGUAAAAGCUGCAACAAUGGAUCACAUGCAACCACGGAUGAUCCUUGUAAUUGAUGAUGUAGGAGACCUCAAGAGCACAUACGUAGCAAACAUUCUGUCAUUCUUAGGAUUAUGUCACAAACCUGAACAGGUCAAUAAAAUCUAUCAUGGAGAAUGAAUAUAAAAAAACUGCUGGACCAUCCAGAGAAGUUGGUAGUUUGCUGCUUUGGUAAGGAGAUAGAUUGUAAUUGCUGACUUGAAAACUCAGUAGGCCAUGACUUAAUCUUACUAUAUUAUCCCUAAUA